AUGAGAACAGCUACCAGCCUCGCGGCGCUCGCCCUCACGGCGGCUUUGGUCGCCACUGGCACCGUCCAGUCGGCCUCGACCCCUAUUCCUUCCGAGACCUCACCCGAGGCUCAGAGCUGCAAAGUGCUCCCCGACAUCCUCAAAAAGGUCCUUGCUGCCGGUGUGGCCACUGACGGCAAAGCACUCGACAUCGCCGACCUAUACUCGGAAUUCUAUCCCGCUGGCGCCAACCCCACCGCUAAAGAGCUCUACGACGCCAUUCCUGCCGCUGCCUUCGGUCCCAAGGACGAUCGCGAUGGUGCGAUCUCAGGUUCUGGUGGUUGGGACAAGGACGCAGUCAUCGCCGACGACGGCUACGGCGAACAAAGCAAGUCCACAUACGCCAAGGAUGGCGGACUUCCUUCGUUCUGCCGAGUUGGCGGUACCGUUCGCACAUCCGAGACCAGCAAGUCCCAAUUCGAAGUCUGGAUGCCUGUCGCUGACGCUCCCGUCGGCAAGGAUGCCCCCGCUCCUGAAGCAUGCACGCAAAUCGAUGGCGUCGAUGUCACAGAUGUCGCCAAGACCUUCAAGUGUGUCUCGACCAGCGGCUAG